GAGCAUUUGAAGAGAUAAAUACCAGUUUCGGAGAUAUAUAGUUUUGUGAAGUAUACUAGUGUACGCGUAUUGUUUGUGUGUAAUACGGUAAUGCGGAGCCAGCUAGCGAAUGGGGCGGCUGAACGCUGUCAGUUGAAUUGUUGAGUGAGGGCAGCUUGGGCAGAAACUCCAGCAGGAUGGCCGUGCUCAGGGAAUUGUUUUGCACCACUCUUAGAGUCCAGACGACACUAUCUUGCAGCAGACAACCACAACUGAGGAAGUGCCUGAAGUAUGCCAAGGUUUUGGUCAGUCAGCGAGGCAUCACGACAUCCACCACAACAACUCCUUUUCCUGAGUUUGAAGGGGUGCCACACAUCAAAACACAUGACGAUUUGUACAGGUUCAGUUUGGAGAGCCCCGACGUGUUUUGGGGUAAACUGGCACGAUCCAGGUUAAAAUGGUUCCAUGACUUCCAUAAAGUGAAAGAUUGUGACAUGACAGAGGGGAAAAUACAAUGGUUCGAUGGCGGCAAGCUCAAUGCAUCGGUGAACUGCGUGGACCGCCAUCUGGAGACUCGACAAAACCAGGUGGCACUCAUCUGGGAGAAGGACGAGCCAGGGACACAGGAGACAGUCACUUAUGGUGAGCUGUCUGUCAUGGUGAACAAGAUGGCCAACAUGCUGCGGCACAGUGGAGUGGACCGCGGUGACCGAGUGGCUAUCUAUCUGCCCCAGUCCCCCAUAGCUGUGGCGGCCAUGAUGGCCUGUGCCAGGAUUGGUGCCAUCCACAGUGUAGUGUUCGCAGGCUUCAGUGCAGAGGCACUGGCAGGGAGAAUCCAAGAUGCAAAUGCUGAAACUGUAAUAACUGCUGACCAGGGACUUCGGGGACGGAAAACCAUCGAGCUGAAGAGAACUGUAGAUGCUGCAGUUCAGAAGUGUCCAAGUGUCAAACGUGUGUUUGUGUAUCAACGCACUGGAGGAGAUGUGCCCAUGGGCAAACUGGACAUUCCCCUCGAGAAGGCAUUAAGCGGUGAGUCUGUGUCAUGCAAACCCUCCGAGAUGGGAAGUGAGGAUCCCCUCUUCAUGUUAUAUACAUCUGGCAGCACAGGAAAACCCAAGGGCUUAUCUCACUCAACUGGUGGCUACCUCCUCUACACCAAUGUUACCUUCAAGCAUGUCUUCGACUACCAGGACGGCGAAGUGUUUGGCUGCGUUGCAGACAUUGGGUGGAUCACAGGACACAGCUACGUGGUGUACGGGCCCCUUUCUAAUGGGGCAACCACCCUGUUGUUUGAGAGCACACCUGUAUACCCUAAUCCAGGUCGGUACUGGGAGGUGGUGGAGAGGUUAAAGCUGAACCACAUCUAUCUGGCACCCACUGCACUAAGACUGCUGCUCAAGUCGGGGGACUCCUGGGUGAACAAGUAUGACCGAUCUUCACUGCGAAAACUGGGGUGUGUUGGUGAGCCACUCAACCAUGAGGCUUGGCAAUGGUACUACAAUGUAGUAGGGGAGAACAGGUGUGACAUCAUCGACACCUGGUGGCAGACAGAGACCGGGGGCAUCAGCCUGGCUCCAAGACCGUCGGCUCCUGGUGCUGAAAUUAUACCUGCCAUGCCAAUGAGACCAUUUUUCGGCAUUGAGCCUGUUCUCAUGGAUAGUGAGGGUCAAGAGUUGACUGGGAAUGAUGUCAAUGGGGCCCUGUGCAUCAAGAAGCCAUGGCCUGGAAUGACCCGCACCAUCUAUGGCGACCAUAACCGAUACCAGGACACAUACUUCAAGCCUUACCCUGGGCUAUACUUUUCGGGUGAUGGUGCACACCGAACUGAUAAAGGAUACUACCAGAUAACAGGCAGGAUGGACGAUGUCUUGAAUGUCACAGGCCACAGACUUGGCACGGCAGAGAUUGAAGAUAUUAUUACAGAGCAUCCAGACAUUGCUGAAGCAGCAGUGGUGGGCUUCCCUCAUGACAUCAAGGGGGAAGGUGUGUAUGCCUAUGUGACACUCAAGGAUGAGGUGAAGACGUCCAAAAAAGAGAUCUGUGAGCAGCUGAAGGGUAUUGUGAAGGCCAACAUUGCCGCCUAUGCCGUACCAGAUGUAAUACAGGUAACGCCAGGCUUGCCAAGAACUCGGUCAGGUAAGAUAAUGCGACGCAUAUUACGAAACAUCGCAGCAAAUAAACUGGAUGAACUUGGAGAUGUGUCAACCCUUGCUGAGCCUGACAUUGUUGAUACCAUCAUCAAGAUCCACAUCAAACUCACAAAUUCUGAGAAUUAAUCCAGAGAAUUGUUGCUAUUGGAUGGUACUUGACAGAAUCUUCCAUUGGAGCCAUAGCAGUUAGAGCCAGGAUACCUACUGCUAUAGGAACUUGACAUUUAGGAACAAUGUUGAACGGGGUCUUGUUGGAUGGAUGGAUGAAAUGAUAUGGGGGUCAAAAGAGA